AUGUGUGCCUUAGCUUUUGUGCCUCCGGAAGAUGUACCCAAUGUAUUCGACAUUUUUCAUAAUGAAGUACCUGAAGAAUUUAUCCCUAUUUCAACCUAUUUUGAAGUUAAUUACAUAAGAGGCAUACGAGCGAUUGGUAGACGAAAUGCAGUGAAGGUACGAUGCCCACCGGCCCUCUGGAACCAAUACGACUCUGUUCUUCACGGAGUAGCUCGCACUAAUAAUGCUACAGAAGGCUGGCAUAAUCGCUUCCAGAUACUAGUCGGACGAAGUCACUCGAGCCUUUACAGUUUUCUAACCGAAUUGCAGAAAGAACAAGCAGACGUUGAAUACAUGCUACGUGAAUUGAAUUUGGGAAAGAAAGCAAAAAAUGUACCUAAUGAAAAGUUCCUUCGUGUGGAAGAGCGUAUUAUUACAAUUGUUGAAAAUUAUCAAGAUUAUGUUGAUGAAGAUAGAGAAUUGGCAUACUUGAACACUAUUGGAUACCACCUUCACAUGUGA